GACCACAGUAGUAAGCAGACAGGAACAGGAAGUGAUGGGCUGUUAUUGUGUGUGAGCUUUGGAAGGUGCUUCUUAAAACUUCCCUAUUUCACAAACAUGUUUAUUGUUCAGGUGGGUGCGUUAUUGAUAGCGUUGACAUAUUACACCAAUGCUCAAACAUCUGUUGUCCCUGUAAACACCACCAUCCCUGGUUCAGAGCAGAGCGCAAGCGGCUUGAGGCAACUCGCCGUGGCAGUGGUGCCUCAGUCGUCCGUGUUUCACCCCAGUCUCCGUUCACAGUUCUCUCUCAACCUGUUGUCGGCGUUUCCAGAAGAUCUGGAAGUCAGCAAUUACUGCGUCGAGCUGCUGGCUAUCUUUGGGCAGCGAUAUUCAACGUAUGUUAAUUGUUUGGUGUCCGCCGCGCGCCCUGUCAAAGUGUGCCAAAACUGUUAUGGCACCUACGGCAACCUUAUGGAAAUCUACAAAAACAUAUCAGACCAGAUGGGCCCGGGGAAUGUGAGCUGCAGAGACAGCCUACUGCGUUCUGAUAGGCUGAUGUUGGUGUUCCUGCUCUACAGUAACCUGGAGGACAUCUGGACCGCUUCAGAAUGUAAUCGUUGUGUAAGCCUGAGACACCACAGCCUGACCAAUGACACCCUUUACUUCAUGGAAACUCUGAACCAGUCCCUCAGCUGCUUCGAGAAGUACCAGAAGCAGGGUAACCACUCAGAGCUAUGUACGGAAUGUAAGGCCACAUACAGAGGACUGAAUGAGCUGUACAGCCGCAUGGAGAAGAAUCACACCCUCUGCAUCGACAUUGAGGACUCAAUGAAUAUGACCCGCAUACUGUGGAGCAAGGAUUUCAAUUGUUCUUUCCCCCGGGCGGAGACUGUUCCUGUCAUCGCCGUGUCCAGCUUCAUGCUCUUUCUGCCCAUCAUCUUCUACUUGAGCAGCUUCCUUCACUCGGAACAAAAGAAACGCAAGCUCAUACACCCCAAACGAGCCAAGUCCAACCCAAGCUUCAUUAACAUCCAGGACAAGUUCAGCUGAGGAGAGUGAGAGAUGGAAGAGAAUGAGGAGAAGAUAGAUCAGAUAAUGACUUUAUUAUCCCCGUGGGGAAAUUUUGGUUGUCGCUCUGUGCAUACAUAAACAUAUAAUCAACAAUAGACAAAGUACAUACAGUAUACAGACAAUACAGGUAGAAAAGUACAGUUCAUGAGUGAUCAGUGAUCAUCCAUACACUAUAGACAACAGAACACACUGUCAACUACAAUGUUAGAUAUAGGCCACACAGGAGGUUGGUGGCACCUUAAAUGGGGAGGAUGGGCUCGUGGUAAUGGCUGGAACGGAAUAGGUGGAAUGGUAUCAGUCAUUCCAUUGACUCCGUUCCAGUCAUUAUUAUGAGCCCUCCUCCCCUCAGCAGCCUCCACUGAUAGGCCAGCCCGAUGCUCCUACUUGUUGUUUCAACAUUCAGGAACCUUACUACUGCUUGGACAAAGGAUAAUUUGGCUCUAUUCCUUUGGUUUUCUGUAACGUCUCCUCGAGCAGAGUAGCUAAAAUUCCUGAUAAAGAGGAUGUCUAGAGUCCAUCAGUACCUUGUGGGGUUUUGAGGGCUCUUAUAUCAUAAAUGACCUCCAGACCUGUCUGCUUGAACUCUAGCACCUUACUAGCAGAGCUUACCAUUUCUCUGCGAGACAUCAUUUUUAAAAAUGAAACCUUUAUUUAACUAGGCAAGUCAGUUAAGAACAAAUUCCUAUUUGCAAUGACUGCCUACCCCAGACAACGUUGGGCUAAUUGUGCGCUGCCCUAUGGGACACCUAAUCACAACCGGAUGUGAUACAGACUGGAUUCGAACCAGGGACUGUAGUGAUGCCUCUUGCACUGAGAUGCAGCGCCUUAGACCGCUGCGCCACUCAGGAGCGGAAAUGACAAUUUCCGUACCAGACAAAGAGGAAGAAUCUUUGUUGUCCAAAACCGCACCUGGAUGCAAAUGUAACAUGUAAUUUCAUCUAUGGCUGUGGUUUCAGCCAGGGGUGUAUUCAUUACGUCUUGCAACAGAAACCGUUUAAGAACCAAACGGGAGCAAAUUUAAUGGAACUAGGAGGGACCUAACUGAAUUUGUCCAAUAUAAACUCUUUGUUUUCAUUGCAAAACGUUUUCCAUUUGACAUAAACGGUUUCUUUUGCAACACGUUUUGCAACAAUUCACGUAAUGAGCGCACCCUGUAGGAGAGGAUACCAAUCAUUUUUUUAAAAUAUAUAUUUUUUUGUUUUAUUUUUGCUGAAAUGAUAUUUGAACCCCCUAGCCCCACCUCACCCAUUGCUUCUACAAUGAAAGACAGUCUGGAGAUGAACCAUAAUGACUACUGAUUUAUCAGUAAUGGGUAGUUGAAGUAUAUUUUUGUGUGCAUUAUUAUUUUGUUUGGUGACUAGAUGUACUCUGCUGUGAAAGACAGAAGACAAACAGGCAGAAAGCACUUGAUGUCUAUUAGUUGUGACGUAGGCCUGCCGUGUAGAAGUGGAUGACAGCUGAGAUGGAGAGACGUUUUUUAAAUAAAUGUUGUUUUUUUAAACAGCAAGGUGAAAGCACUCCAUGAUAUCACAGAAGGCAGAGUGAGCCAGCUCUUUCAAUCCUAUUUGUUUUUUGGUUGCACAGAGCUGUUAAUGUCUUUGUCCUUUCCCACUGGUUAUCACAUGCUGGACUUGUUUUUUGUGUUAUAUAUGUGUUUUUGUUAUAUUUGAUAAUGUGAGUAGUUUGUGGCAAUAGAUGUAAUUAUGUAUAUAUUUGCCUUAUAGAAUUGGCUUCCCUUUUGUUUAAAGAUACAUUUCACAAACUAGGCCUAGUUCAGCUGCAGUAGGGUUUUUACUGACCAAUAACACUGCCAACUACUUUUGCUAGUUUUUUUAAGAUGUGUUAAUAGUAACUGUUACUUUGUUACAGGUGUAAAAUCCCUCUCUUGUAGCACUUUUAGGCCUACUUUUCAGAAUCACUGUCAGUUACAAUUAAUUCGUCACGCAAAACCCUAGAUAUGCUACUUUCUAUUUGACUUGUUACAUUUUCCACUAGAUUCAUAUAAAUCUAAUUAGCAUAAUACAAAUAAUCCCAUCAAUCUCAUUUAAAUAAAUAAAACAUUUACAAGCCAGCGCAUCGGCGGAUGUCGGACUUCCGUACCGAAAAAUGUAUGCAAGUGUAUGGGGCAUUUCCACGUUAAAGGUAUAUGGGGUCAUCCUGAGCUUUCUUGUCUCAGAUAUAGAAGACACUUCAAAACAUACUUCCUUUUGAUUAUUUAUUUUUUACUAUAUGUUUUGGAAUGCAUUAAUAUGUUGUUUAAUGUGUUUCUAUGGACUAAUGGCAGUAAAGCCUAAUUCAAUCUUU